GACGGAUCGUGUCUCCGCGCCCGCAGCUCACGCACGGUCCGUGCGCGCCGAGCAGCAGCAGCGUGAAUAACGUCACGACGAAACUUCAGAAAGCAGCGGGAUAUUUUACUCGUUCAUUCGCUUUCUCUCUGUGCUCUUCAAUGUCACCAUGCGCAGAAUCUCAUCCUGCGGUCCACUGCUGUCAGUCUACUACCCCCAGAUCUUCCUCAUCCUCACCAGCGGCAGCUACCUGGCUUUGUCUUCAGUCGUGGCUUUGGGUGCGAACAUCAUCUGCAACAAGAUCCCCGGCCUGGCCCCCCGACAGCGUGCCAUCUGCCAGAGCCGCCCAGAUGCCAUCAUCAUCAUCGGGGAGGGCGCUCAGCUGGGCAUCAACGAGUGCCAGUAUCAAUUUCGCUACGGACGCUGGAACUGCUCUGCCCUUGGCGAGAGGACCGUCUUUGGGCAAGAGCUGAGAGUAGGUAGCAAGGAGGCUGCCUUUACCUACGCCAUCACUGCAGCAGGUGUAGCCCACGCUGUGACAGCAGCCUGUAGUCAGGGCAACCUGAGCCACUGCGGCUGCGACAGAGAAAAGCAGGGCUACCAUGACCACGAGGAGGGCUGGAAAUGGGGCGGUUGCUCGGCAGAUGUCAAGUAUGGCGUGGAGUUCUCCAGACGCUUCGUGGAUGCUCGAGAGAUAAAGAAAAAUGCAAGGAGACUAAUGAACCUUCACAACAACGAAGCAGGCAGAAAGGUUCUAGAAGAAAGGAUGAAGCUAGAAUGCAAAUGUCACGGUGUCUCCGGCUCAUGCACCACAAAGACCUGCUGGACAACUCUGCCGAAAUUCAGAGAGAUCGGCUAUGAGCUGAAAGAGCGUUACGCUGCUGCGGUUGAAGUGGAGGUUGUGCGGGCUACACGCUUUCGCCAGCCCUCCUUCCUGCGUCUCAAGCAGACCCGUGGGUACAUAAAGCCCACCGAUACAGACUUGGUCUACUUGGAGCGGUCACCCAACUACUGCGAGGAGGACACUGUUACAGGUAGUGCAGGAACAAGAGGGCGUCUCUGCAACAACACAUCCCAACACACGGAUGGAUGCAACCUCAUGUGCUGUGGCCGGGGUCACAACACCCAUCAGUACACAAAAGUGUGGCAAUGCAACUGCAAGUUCCAGUGGUGCUGCUUUGUCAAAUGCAACACCUGCAGUGAAAAGACGGAGGUGUUCACAUGUAAAUGAGGUAGAUGACGAGUUGAAGGGACAAAAAUGAAAGGCAGGAAGCCAAUGGAGAGAGACUAAGAAGAGGUGGUGUUUAAACCGUGGAUCUCAUUUCGACAUGGCUUCGUUUUGCACAUCGGGCAGUCUUUAUGUGAGAAGGGGGCAGAGGGUGUUGCCAAUGAAAACAGGGAUAAAUAAAGAAGAUGCCAGAACUUUAGAGGCAAACACACUGACCUCUCGUAGUAUGUGAUUUAAAGCAAAUAUACGACCACUACUAGUGCAAGGCUUGUGUAUUUCUCAGAAUCUUAAAGAUUUGAGGAGGGUCAAUUGAGGCCUUGACACUGACUCAAACUCCUAUUGGACAGAUUAAACUGACAAAGUGACUUUAUUGAGAUUAGAGACAUCUUAUUACAAAGACAUUUGAAAAGCUGUUGCAAAAUGUCCCACCAGCUGAGCCCCUAUGGGUGUUCAAGAGGAAAAGACAUUGUAAAACUCUGGAAAUGCUGGAAAGUUGAAAAUGUUUGGUCACACUGUAUCUGUUUGAACACUGAAAAUGGACAGGCUUUUUUCUUCACUUUAAAUGGAAAAAAAGGCUUAAAACUUUCCAUACUGUUGACGACUUAUAAUGGUACAAAGAGGUGUGACAGAGCAUGAUCUCUAUAACUUCUAAUGUCAUUGCUACUGAUGUGUUGCUUCCAAAAUUCAACACAAAACAUUACAGUAAACUGCAUAUGAAAAAAAAAAGAAAGUACUUCUUUGCCACUACAUACUUUUGCAGUUUCUCAUUAGAAAAGUGGUCUGCAAAAUUCUCAAAUGUAAAUCAAGUGAGAAACCAUCAUUUUGGUGAAUAUGUUGCCAAUUGCUGCACUGAUGGUUGUGGUGUACUUUUGUGUGCUGUCUGCUUUAUGGAGACACAAAGAUUUGUGGUGUUAAGUUUCCUUAGUCACAUCAAGACUUGGCCAUGGUAUGCUGCAUUGUUUUAUAACUUUGUUGUGUGUGAGAGAAAAAGUGCUUUUAGAUACUUAAUUUAAAUGCAAUGUGACGAAUGCCAAAGACAUGGGAUUCCACAUCGCUGGUCCGGCAUGCAUCUAGUUAUAUUUUGCCUGAGCCAAUGGAAUUCACUUAACUAUACAGCUGGGGUCUGAACGGUUAAAGGUCAUUGGCGCUAUUUUGAGUAGCAACUUCUUUUUGUUUUCCUCUAAAUUGUUUAUACAAGCUAUAUGGUGGGCAAAUUUGUUAAAGUAUAUUUUUUUAUGUAGAGAUUAUGGCACUUUAUGUCAGGUAUAUUCAGAGAGAACGGAGCAAUUAUUGAUACUAUUUUCUUUGUCAUGUUAUUAUUGUCUUAGCAUUUAAUUAUAGAGCUACAAAUUGUGUUCAAUUUUUGUCCCACUUUAUGUUUCUGUAUUUUUCUUUUCU